AUGCCUGCUGUCGGAACGCUCGGUCUGACGGUCUCCAACGAUACACCACCCAUCAACGGUUACGGCCACUACUACACGCCUCCAGAACAAACGAGCUCUAAGCUGACCGGCGGUGCAGGAGGAAAAGAUACGCCCUUGAACCUAUCUUUUGAAAUUGCAGAAGAUGAUGAGGGUAUUUUUAUCUCGAGGGCAGCAGCGGUUUGGCAGGGGGCUAUUCCUAAGAGAGCAAUGGUUCCUCUUCCUGCUCGAGCACGUGCGAUCAUGGCCACAGGCACUGUUCAAGGUCAUGUCGUCGUCGCUCCUUCUCUGGUCGAUCCCACUUCUUGCGAUGGCAACAUGUCACAUGAUAUGCAAAUCUGUACCGAUGAAGAGGCGCAAGAUGCCUCCGAUAUAUUUCAGAGUAUCUCGGCGACACCAGGUCUUCGGUCAUGGAGUUUUGAGGAACUCCGUACAGAAUGCUACUCGCAAUCUCGUCUUGCUACUGGUGUUGCUCCUCGAGCAGUCCCUCUUGGCGCGCCAUCCUGGAUGAUUAUUCCCCCAGCCUUCACUCCCUAUAAAGUGAUGACUUAG